AUGCACGCAACUUCGGAGGGACCGCAUCAGCCAGCGCAUGCGGGCGCUGUACGAUUUGGUGCCGAAUGCACGCAAGUCAGAAGCCCGUUCCUCACGCCCUCUCCCCCUUUCCUUGAUUGUCACCUGCAGCUUCGGAGGGACCGCAUCAGCCAGCGUAUGCGGGCGCUGUACGACUUGGUGCCGAAUGCACGCAACACAGACACAGCAUCUAUGCUGGAUGAAGCGAUUCAAUACGUGCGCUCGCUGCAGGAGCAAGUGCAGACUCUAAAGAAGGAGAAGGGCGAGAGCCAAGGGACAUCUUCGGUCGGCACGGGCAGCCUGGGUCGGCCGGCGGACAGCAGCAACGAGGGCGGCGAGGGCGGCACGAGCAGGAGCGCAGGGCAACAGAGCAUGGGGCAGAGUAUGGCACAGAGUGUGGGACAGAGCAUGGGUCAGGCUGGGUAUGGAGGUACGGAGGAUGGGUUUGGCUCGGAGAAUGAGGUUUGGGAAGGGAGUGCGGCGCCUUCCCCCAUGGGCAGUGGUAUGGGCAGCCGAAGAAAUUCCCUGCAGCUGCUGGCUGACCGGCAGGGGAGUGGGGAGUUUGGGGCCCUGGGGCGGGAGGUUGGAGAUGGGAGGGUGGAGGCGGGGUUGAGAGGGGUUGGGGUGGGUGUGGAGGGGUACAUGAAGUCUGAGCCAGAAACUGAUGCCCCGUCAGGCUCAGAUGUGGGUGUAACGGGUGCUGCUGCUGGCCUAUCACCACUAGUAGCAACAGCAGCAGGGGCUGCAACUCAUGGGAGUGCUUCGGCAGGGGCAACUGGGGUGCUUGCGGCUGGUGGGUUGGUGGAUGGGGCAAAGGGUGGUAACAAUGGUGUGCUUGUAACGGAAGCUGCUGGAGUAACUGGUUUGGAGAGUAUGAUCGUGGGUGGUGCGGAGGUGGAAUGGCCGGGUGAGAUCGAGUUAACUCUGGAAGACAUGAACAUGGUGGAUCUUGGCGGCUCUGUUGGAUUCUGCCAAAUGGCCGUUUCCGCUACUGCUUUCCAGCGCAAGUUCCUUUUGGAACGCGUGACUGUUGACAGACCAGGGUCAAGCCCGUGUUUGAGCUCGUCCACGUCAGCAACUCCUUUCCGGCGAGCGUUGCCAGUCGCAGAGGCUCCGGCGGCCUCCGCCAACUCCGCGCCUUCCGCCGGUCCGUCCCUGGCAGCCAGCUCCGCGCAUACCGCGUCGGUCUCCGCGUCGCCACCGCGCACGACCCUGCAUUCCGGCCUCGCGAGCUCAUCGCAACAUCACGUCAAUGGCUCUGCCGUCGGUGCCUCGGCUCGAUUCUCCGCAUCUUCCGUCUCCCCCGCUUCCGCGUGCGCCACUGAACUGGCGGACGACCUCUUCACCGCCGCCACUACCCGCGCAGCGGCGGCGGAAGCCCUUGCGCUUGCGCGCGCUGCGCUAGCUGUUGCCAAGGAAGCCGCGGAGCUUUCUCUAUCAGAGGAGGCGAUGGGCCUCUACGACGACGAUGACGACGGCGACGAAUACGGGUUACCACAGGAGAGCUCGCUAAGCUCGCCGUUGUUAGGGUGGGGGGAGGUAGAGGAGGAGGGAGCGGACGAGAUUAUGAGCAGCGAUCAGCUGCAUCAUAUGUGGCUCUUAGCUGUCGAUAAGCCGAUUCCUGUAAGGAGAGCGGCGCGACGGGCGGGCGGGGCGUCAGGGGAGGGGAAGGCGGAAGAAGGUAGUUCGGCGCAAGCAGUAGGCGGCGGAGAUGUGAGUGGGGAGGAUGCGCAUCCGGCGGAGUUUGUCAUGUGGGCGGAAGACGCCCCGUACCACGGGCUAGAACGCGCGCUGGAGGACGGCGCGCGGGAAGCCGAGCGGAAGGCGGAGCGGGAAGGGGAAGCGGAGCGGAAGCCGAAGCGCGUGGUGGUGCGUUCACAGAAGAAGGGGAAGCGCCUCGCGGAGCGCGAAAAGGCCCUGCAGCAGCGCCAGGCCGCGUCAGCCGCCGCCGCCGCCGCCACCGCGGCGGCUCCCGCAAGGAAGAAGCCGGCGGCGGAAGGGCCGGCGCUCGCGCUGGGGGAGGAGGAGUCGGAAGCGGAAGAUGCGGUCGUGGCGGAGGGGUACAGGCGGGCGGCGAACGAAUCGGUUUUCGCAAUGUUCGACACGGCUGGUGGUAACCCGCGGUUGCUGUCGGUGCAAGAGGAAAUCGAUCUUUCCAAGGGGGUCCAGGCGCUGCUGAAGCUGGAGCGCGCGCGAGAGGAGCUAGAGGAAAAGCUGCUCCGCGCGCCGACCCGUGCGGAGUGGGCGGAAGCGGCGGGGCUGUCUGUCGCGGAGGUGCAGGCGCGGGUGGCGUGGGGGAAGGAGUGCAAGCAGCGCAUGAUCGCAUCGAACAUGCGACUGGUGAUCUCCGUCGCGAAGAAGUACACGACGCGCGGGUUGUCGCUGGAGGAGCUUAUAACGGAGGGGUGCAUGGGGCUUAUGAAGGGCGUGGAGAAAUUCGACCACAGCAAGGGCUUUAAGUUCAGCACGUACGCGCACUGGUGGAUCCGCCAGGCGAUCAGCCGCUCCGUCGCGGAGCAGAGCCGCAUCGUGCGACUGCCGGCUCACAUCUACGAGCUGGUAUCGCGCAUCAACCGCGCCAAGGCGAUGCUGACGGACGCGCUGGGGCGCGCGCCGGCGGAGCGGGAGGUGGCGCAGCUGGUGGGCAUCACGCGGGGCAAGCUGCGCAGCAUCAUGCGCACCGUGCGCGCGCCCACGUCCAUGGACCGCCCCAUUGCCUCGGACGAUGGGGAUGAGACCCUCGGGGCUUUUGUGGCAGACACGACCCUGGAGAAUCCUGAGGACAUGAUCAUGCAGCAGCUCAUGCGCAAGGACCUCGAGAACGCCCUGCACACGCUGACACCGCGCGAGAGGGAGGUGAUGUGGCACCGGUAUGGGCUGGACGACGGGCGCGUGAAGACACUGGAGGAGCUGGGGUCGCUGUUCCGCGUGACAAGGGAGCGGGUGCGGCAGAUUGAGGGCAAGGCGCUGCUGAAGCUGCGGCAGCCGGGGAGGAGCAGCGCGCUCAAGAGUUACAUAGAUGGGCAUGCACUUCCACAGCACAAGUACGCCAUGGCGCUCACAGUUUUCAGCACCAACCCGACGCUCAACUCGCUUCUCCGGUUAUCGCACAUUCCAGAUGAGUUCAGUGCUCUCUUCGACGCGCCGACGUCGAAUUUCGUGAGAGACAGCAACGCAAUGGCGUGUACAACUGUCGACGUCAAAGAGACUUCCGAGGCUUUCGAAUUCAUCGCGGAUCUUCCGGGACUGAAGAAAGACGAGGUGAAGGUCCAAAUCGAAGAUAAGAAUCUGCUCACCAUCAGCGGCGAGCGGAGUCGCGAAGUCACGGAAAAGACGGAAAAGUAUCACCGUGUGGAGCGGAGCACGGGGAAGUUUCUGAGGCGAUUCCGUCUUCCGGAUAACGUGGAAGUGGAUAAGAUCGCUGCGAUCUCGGAGAAUGGUGUGCUCACUGUGACUGUGCCGAAGGUCAAGCCACCCGAGCCGAAGAAGCCAGCUGUUGUAGAUGUUCCCAUCAACUAG